AUGUAUGAAUUUUAUGCUCAAGAUAUUCGACAUCCACAAUCAAAAGAAAUUUAUGAACAAUUAGAAAUUUUACAUGAACAAUUAAUAAAAUUAGGCUAUCAACCUAAUGAAAGUGUUUUAACAAAAAAAGAAAUAAAUGUUGAAUUGAGUAUAUAUGGACAUUCAGAACGAUUAGCUAUUGCAUUUAAUUUAAUAUCAACACCACCUGGUACAACAAUAUAUUUAACAAAAAAUUUACGAAUGUGUAUUGAUUGUCAUGAAGUAUCAAAACUAAUUGCUCGAUUAACACAAAGAGAAAUUAUUGCAAGAGAUAAACUAAGAAUACAUUAUUUUACUAAAGAUGGUCGUUGUUCAUGUGAUGAUCAUUUUUAA